GUUCUGACCCUGCAGCGGCUGCGAUUGAUGAUCGUCGCCUUUCGCGUUUGUGAGGUUCUGCCAGUGGCCGUGGGGCUUGCACUUUGGUGCCUCUGUGGUCAGCUCGCCACGGCAUACGCAGUUGGAAUGCUGGCGGCCAUCGCUUGGGAGAUGAUCCACCCUAGGGCACGGCCCACGCGGGGCUCCUGGUUCUUCGGCUUGAUAGAGCGAUUGUUGGAGUGCUUCCUUUGGCCCAUCUACUACACCUUCACACCGCUGCACCUUGCGGACCCCACUCGAGACCACAACGAGGAAGAGGCUGUGCUGGAUCACCUGAUGCUCCCCGCGUGGUCGGGGCUCCGUCUCCUCUACAUAGCCAUCCUCUGGAUCGGCGUGUGUUUCAACUCCCAAUGCUGGCCCGGCUUCCCCGAGUUCCUGGCAUG